GUUAAGUUCCUAUUCUACCCUUAUAUAUACGACUAAAUCGAUGGUCUCCUCACAGUUUCAGCCAUGGCUUCCAUGAUCGAAUCUGCUUGGGCGUUUCUUCUUGCAAAUUUUAGUGAUUUCCAAUUGACUUCUCUUGGAGGUUUCAUUGUUCAUGAGAGUGCCUUCUUCUUGUCUGGAAUCCCAUUCAUCCUUUUUGAAAGGGCAGGGUGGUUUGGCAAGUACAAAAUUCAGAAAAAGACCAACACCCCGGAAGCUCAGCAGAAAUGUAUUACUCGUCUGCUGAUGUUUCAUUUUUGUGUUAAUCUUCCAAUCCUGAUUGUUACGUAUCCGCUCUUUAAAUUCAUGGGGAUGCGAUCUACUCUUCCAUUGCCGUCCUGGAAAGUAGUUUCAACCCAAGUUUUAUUCUAUUUCAUCUUGGAGGAUUUCGUAUUUUACUGGGGACACAGGGUUUUACAUACGAAAUGGCUCUACAAGCAUGUCCACAGUGUCCAUCAUGAGUAUGCUACACCAUUUGGUUUGACAUCUGAGUAUGCUCACCCUGCUGAAAUUCUCUUCCUUGGAUUUGCUACGGUAAUUGGUCCUGCAAUCACGGGGCCACAUUUGAUAACGUUAUAUCUAUGGAUCUCACUUAGAAUCCUCGAGACAGUCGAGGCACAUUCUGGAUACCAUUUCCCCUGGAGCCCAUCAAACUUCUUGCCAUUAUAUGGAGGGUCUGAUUUUCAUGAUUACCAUCAUCGGCUGCUCUACACAAAGUCUGGCAACUACUCAUCGACUUUCGUUUACAUGGACUGGUUAUUUGGUACUGAUAAGGGUUACAGAAAGUUGAAGAUGCUGAAGGAGCAAGAGUGCAACAAAGCAAUGUAAACAAGAUGGGAAAGUAGAGGGGGAAUAAAAUUACAUGUUUGUUUGAGUGUAUAAGAAUAGUAUUGUACACAUUCUAUUAGUAAUGCUGGGAUUAAUAAUGUAAGGAUUAGUUAUGUUGGCACUAGUAAUGCAAGAAUUAAUUAUAACAUGCA